AUGAGUCAUAGAGUUCAACUUCUUUUAGGAGCAUACCAUAUGACAUUUCCUUUGAAAAGUGUUGACAAAACGAUUGAGAUGAAAUCUGUUCCAUACGUAUGUUAUGGCAAUUGUUUAUACAUUGAGUCUAAAAUAGCUAAUGUCACAGGCAUUUCAGGAGUUAAUAGUAAAGGUUCAGUAGAGUAUAAAUCUUUCUGUUAUGCAGUCAAUUCAAUGUUCAUUCCAAAUGUUCCUGUCAUAGCAACUCAUUUAGGUAAAUGGGUUCGCAUUAGUCCUCAUAAUUUGAAAGACAUGCAAUUCAGACUUGUUGACUUUCAAGGAGAGCCUGUAGAACUGAAGGCACCAGUGCGAAUGACUGUUGAAGUUGACUUUUUAGAAAAUAUUAAAUGCAACAGCUUACAAGAGAACUCAGAGCUAAAAAUAUAA